AGGAUGGACGCCAUACUAUUUGUUCUGUUGGGAAACUGAUGCAGAAAUAUGGGGAACAAGGAUCGUCUUCGAGGAAAAAUACAAACCGUUACUGGGUUAAUUGAACCUAGCAGUCUUGGUGUAACACUUAUGCAUGAACAUCUGAUGGUUGACUAUGCAAAAAACUAUGGACUUCCUGUUGCUGAGUCAUCAAGAGCUACAAUUGGUGGAUUGACAUUAGAACAGCAACAACAUCUAUGGCUUCAGCCACUUACGCUACAAAACGUUGGUCAUGUGAGAAGUUAUUUUAACCAGAAUAAAGACAAUAUGAUACUGAAUGAUGUACAUGUUAUGUGUGAAGAAAUGUCAAUCUACAAAGCACGUGGUGGAAGUUCUUUAGUUGAAUGCAGUGUUGAUGGGAUGAGCCGCAAUCCUAUAGCCAUGAAGAAAAUAAGUGAGAUUACAGGGGUUAACAUUGUCAUGGGAACCGGAUUCUACCUUGCCGGGAACCAUCCACCAGAUAUGGACCACCGAACUGUAGAACUAAUUGCAGAUACAUUAUUAUCAGAAAUUAAUGAGGGGGUUGACGGUGGUAUAUGUGCUGGAAUCAUUGGAGAAUUGGGUUGCUCUACCAAUCUGGCAGAGAAUGAAAUCAAAGUAUUAAAAGCAGCUGCAAUAGCACAAAGAGAAACUGGGUUACCUAUAUCCAUUCAUCCAGGCUAUUCAAUUGAAUCUCCAUUCCAAAUAGUGGACAUUCUCAAAUCAGAAGGUGCAGAUCUGAGUCGAGUUAUCAUUGGUCACAUGGACAGAGGAGUCAUCUCCAUACAAGCGAUGAUUGAGUUGGCAAAAAAAGGAUGCAUAUUAGAGUUUGAUCAGUUUGGUUGGGGUUGUUCCAUGGUGCAUGCACUGUCACAUGGUAUGGAUUAUCCAAGCGAUUUUACUCGGUGUCACAUGAUCCGUGAAUUAAGGGAUUAUGGGUUUCUAAAACAGGUUGUUAUGUCUCAUGAUAUUGCAUUCAAGACACGUCUUGUUAAAUAUGGAGGAGAGGGGUAUGAAUACCUGUUGAAGAAUAUUGUACCAUUUAUGCUGAAACGAGGACUGACACAGGAUGAUGUUAAUACUAUGAUGAUUGAAAAUCCAAAAAGACUUCUCACUGUGCAGUAAACAUCCAGCAUUACUUUCAUCCAAUAUUUUGUCGCUCCCCAAAUAGUUUGUUGUUUACAUAUACCAUUCACCUCAGCUAAAUAAUGUACCAACUGAGUUGAGUUACAAGUUUAGUUAGGUAGGUCAGGGUAGAAGAGACAAUAAAAUUGCAGAAAUUGCUUA